AUGAGUUUAAUAAAUGACAAUAAUAAGCAAGAGAAUGAUCAUGAUUUAUUUUAUUCAAGCCCAACUAUUAAUUAUAAUAAUGCGAAAAGCAAUAAUGACACUGAAGAGGGUGAAUACUCGUCAUUUCCUUCAAAAUUUUCAUUGAAUCCGUUCAUCAACCAUGAUACUGCAACAGAAACUCAAGAAAAUGUAUUAUUGUCGUCUUUUCAAUUAAGAUAUCCGAUUAUCAAUCAUAAUAUUGCAGCAGAAAGUAGCAAAAAUCAAGAUGACGCAGUGUCAUUGAAUCCAUUUAUCAAUCGUAUUGAGAAAAUUCAUGAGAAUGAAUACUCGUCGUUUGAUUCAAGACAUCCCUCAUUGAAUCCAUUCCACAACUAUAAUACUGUAACAGAAUAUAACAAAAUACAAGAGGAUCAAUUAUCAUCAUUUCAUUUUGGGCAUACCUCAUCUUCAAGUUCAGUAACUGUAGGAGAAAAUAAUGACAGACAAAAUAAUGAAUUUCAUAUCUUAGAUUCUCUCAAUACAUGUAAUAACAAUAAUAGUGAUGAUCUAGCAAGAAAUUUGCCAUUUAGAGAUUUUUCACCGAGUCCUUUUACUAUUAAUAAUUCUAAUGGCAAAAACCAAGAUUUACACUAUAAAUCUUUUUCGCUUGAUUUAACUAAUAAAGCGAAUACUGAUAAGGAAGAUAAUAUAUGUAAACAGCUACCGUUGCUCGGGUUUAAUCCAGAUAUUAAUAACCAUAACGAUAAUAGGUAUCAAGAUCUCAUAACCGUAUUGGACAAUUCGAUAAAGCCAACAACUGGUACGAAAGAGAAUAAUCAAAGUCAAAAGAUUAAGCAGUCGCGAUACUCUCUAGGAAGCUCUAUUAUGAAAGAUCCUUCUCUUUUGGAUUUCUCACAAAAUUCAAAAUCAGUCUCACCUACUCAUUUACAAAAACGUUCAUCUACUUCAUAUAGUCCGACUUCUAUUUCUUCUCAUCAAAGUUCAACAUCGGCUUCAUUUACACGUAGUUGUCCUUUAGAGCCUACUACACAACACCAUCAAAUACCAUCUUUAAAUAAUAUCCAUUUGAAUCACGGAACUUUUACCCGUUGGAACGAACUUUAUGCUCAUCGAAAAGAAUCUACCAAGGAAAAAGUAUUGAACCUUUUUAAAAAGUCUCAUGGUUCAAACGGAAGUCAAAAUCAUGUAAUUUAUACUGCUGAAAAUUAUCUGGAGGUGCAGGCAGUAGUAGCAGUUGAUCCGCAUUGA